UGCGGGCCGGGAACUGGGGGGUUGAGGGGGCGGUGUAUCGGGUUGGAAAACUUCUAAGGGCCUGGCCCCCAGUGCCCGCCAGACCCCGAGCCGGCCCGUGGGUGGUGGGGUCGACUGGGGAAACGAGGGGAAGUGAGCAGCUGGAGAUCCCAGUUUGCCAUGACUAUGUAGGCUUCCAUGGAUGAGGGAGAAGCCGGUGACACCCCGCAUCUUAAAAGCAGACGCCCGACAAACACCUAUUUCCGUCUGGAGAGGCAGAAGGACACUCGAGAGGUGGUAGCCAUAAAGUGCGUGGCCAAGAAGAGCCUGAACAAGGCAUCGGUGGAAAACCUCCUGACAGAGAUUGAAAUCCUUAAGGGCAUUCGGCACCCCCACAUUGUACAGCUAAAAGACUUCCAGUGGGACAGUGACAACAUCUACCUCAUCAUGGAGUUCUGUGCAGGGGGUGACCUGUCUCGCUUCAUCCACACACGCAGGAUUCUUCCUGAGAAGGUGGCUCGCGUCUUCAUGCAGCAGUUGGCCAGUGCCCUGCAGUUUCUGCAUGAACGGAACAUCUCUCAUCUGGACCUGAAGCCACAGAAUAUUCUGCUGAGCUCCUUGGAGAGACCCCACCUUAAACUGGCAGACUUUGGUUUCGCACAGCACAUGUCCCCGCGGGAUGAGAAGCAUGUGCUCCGGGGCUCGCCCCUUUACAUGGCCCCUGAGAUGGUGUGUCAGCGGCAGUACGAUGCCCGUGUGGACCUCUGGUCUGUGGGCGUCAUCCUGUACGAAGCCCUCUUCGGGCAGCCCCCCUUUGCCUCCAGGUCAUUCUCAGAGCUGGAAGAGAAGAUCCGGAGCAACCGGGUUAUUGAGCUCCCGCUGCAGCCCCUGCUCUCUAGAGAUUGCCGAGACCUGCUGAAGCGGCUCCUGGAGCGAGACCCCAGCCGUCGCAUCUCCUUCCAGGACUUCUUUGCCCACCCCUGGGUGGACCUGGAGCACAUGCCCAGUGGGGACAGCCUGGCACAAGCUACCGCCUUGGUGGUACAGGCAGUGAAGAAGGAUCAGGAAGGCGAUGCUGCGGCUGCCUUGUCUCUCUACUGCAAGGCCCUGGACUUUUUUGUGCCCGCCCUGCACUAUGAAGUGGACGCCCAGCGGAAGGAAGCAAUUAGGGCAAAGGUGGGGCAGUAUGUGUCCCGGGCUGAGGAGCUCAAGGCCAUCGUCUCCUCUUCCAAUCAGGCCCUGCUGAGACAGGGCACCUCCACUCAGGACUUGCUCAAAGAGAUGGCCCGAGACAAGCCACGUCUCCUGGCUGCACUGGAAGUGGCUUCGGCAGCCACGACCAAGGAGGAGGAAACCGGUGGGGAGCAGGAUGCCCUGGUCCUGUACCAGCAUGUCCUGGGGGAGCUGCUGCUGCUGCUGGCAGCGGAGCCCCCAGGCCGGAGGCGGGAGCUGCUUCACUCUGAGGUUCAGAACCUCAUGGCUCGAGCUGAAUACCUGAAGGAGCAGAUUAAGAUGAGGGAUUCUCGCUGGCAAGCUGAGACCUUGGAUAAAGAAGGGAUGCUGGAGUCUGUCCGUAGCUCUUGCACUCUCCAGUGACCCAGAAGGAUGGCUGCGCACACCGCCUGGAGUUAGGGGAGCACUCACCCAGGCUGACAUCUAGGAUUCUGUGGCCUCUGCAACCCUGCUAAGCAGUCUUCCUGGGUCUCACGUCAGCCUCACGUCUUAGGCUCUCUAGUCACCCCUCAGAGUGCUCUCCACCUCCCAGAGGGCCUGAAAGCUGACGCCAUGUGCUGGCAUCACUGGGCCUGGCCCCGGGCAAGGUUGGGGUGCCAAGCCAGGACUCUGGAAAGAUAAUUCUUUAAUAGGACUUUUUUUUUUUUUUUAAUGUUUACCGGGCCUGGAGCCUGUCGAGUGAGGCCAUGAAAACCCUGGUUUUGCUCUGAGAAGGGGGCAUGGUUCUGUUCUCGCCCCUGCCUGGCAGCAAUCAGCUGUCCUCCCUGGGAAACCUGACUGCAGUUUGCCUCCUCUGCACUGGAAUGAGAUGCCCCAAGACCCCUCAGGGACAACCCAGCCCCAUAGAACUCCCCAAUCUUCCUGAGAAUGACCACUCCCCACCCUCAUUAAUGUUAAGAUAAUCCUUCAAGCAUGAAAAUAAUGUCCUUUGUACUUGGGAUGAGUGGGGCCAAUUUGAGAAACAUGCCUUGUUCCUGUCCUGGCCCAAGGGGGCAAGGGAGGGGGUCCUCAAUCCUCAUCCCUCCCCUUCCAUCCUUCUUUAGUGAACACCCUUAUUUGCCCCCUAACUUGCUGAAAAAACUGGUUCUGACUUGGGAGGAAGAAGCGUGGGGCUGCUUGACCCAUCAGGAUUUGGGGGACCCAAAAAUCAAGGAGACCUUGUUCUUAGUGUAACACUGCCACUCCCCCCAACUCCCCUCCCUUGUCUGGGCCUGGGUGCCCCAUCUCUCAGUGGGGCUGCUAAUACCUCCUCAGCACCCCUUACCGCACACACGGGCCCUGGAGCAGAAUGUACGCCUGGAGUUAUUGGGGGUUUCUUUAUAAACAAUCAGAGGGUGUUGAUUUCCAGCCCUUUUGCCCUAGGUACCUCUGUGGAGCCAGAUACCUGUUCACCUUCGGGAGGCUGGGUGUAAAGAAUGUAUAUAAUUCAUUGUUUCUCUAUUAAAUUAUUUUCUGAAA